UACUAGUUGAUUUUUCUGACCGGCAGAGAGAACAUUGAUCUCAAAUCAGAGAUAUCAGAGCUGGUUCGAACAAGUCAAAUCUCUGUUAGCAAUACACACCACCACAUACUACAUACCACCUACCAAACCUCAUUUGAUAUUAUUACCACUUGAUACCCAACCCCCACUCUAUCGGCGCAACGUGAACACGUCUUCACCCCAAACGUCUUAUACGUCAGUGCGUUACCAACUUUUAACGGUACAGCCGAAACAACUAUUCAGUCGUCUCAACUUCAAUCAUUUGACCUCGAUUUCCUUGAAUUUGUCCCCGGUGACAUUACAUUGCCAUCUUGAGACUGACUCGGAAACUACCAAUCAACAUGCCGAGCCUCUUUUCUCGAAUACGGGGUAAAGAUGGCCCUUCGAAGCUCAAGUCUAAGAAGAAUGCUCAAUACGACGACGAUGCGCAUCAAUUAUCUAAUAAACCGCGCUGGGAUGAUGCAUAUACACGAACGUCAGUAGAACCAGAAGAAAUCCAAGAGCUAGUGAGCCGUUGCACAGAGGAGCUCAAAGCUAGAGCUCUCGAUCUCCCCUUUCUCCUCUUGCCAUUCCGCCCGACUUCUAAUCCCAGCGGCGUACGCACUUUUAUUCGUCAUUUCUUCGAUAAUGAGAGUUUGCGUGGUGAGCUCCUUUUGCAGGAGCUGCGGAUGACGGAGCCAAUGGUCAUCGUUGGUGUUCUGAAAUGGUGCUGGAGUAGACUGCCAGGCGGUCUUGUAGGUUGGGAUGCCUACGAGCUGUUCAAGGUGGGAGAGCAAGACUCAAGCAUGGCCCGAGAUUCAUUCUCGACUUUUGUUCCACUCAGUGUCGAAAACCAGGCGCGUUCUCAUAUAAUCUUUGAUUACUUUGAUUUACUCUCGGCCAUUGCAGCUCACGGCAAGUCAAAUGGCUUCGGAGGACGGAAGCUAUCUCGUAUGGCAGCCUGGUGGGCUUUCGAACAUAAGGAUACUGGCAAUGGCUUUGAGGGGGGGUAUAAAUCUUGGCUGAGUGCUGCGGAUGCCGCGAGCCAUCUGUUCUUUGCUUAUCUGAGAUCCCUAUCUCCCCAGCAAGCUCGUGCAGGUUACUCCAUGCUGCCCAUGUCCCUGCAGAAGUUGCUGCAGGAAACCGAGUACCCCCCGCAAACCCCGACACUGCUGAUGUCGUCAACGUAUAAGGUCGUUAUGAUUGUUGACACCGUGUCGCCAACGCCGUUCGCGCUCUUGCGCCGAGCUAACCACUUCCAAUAUCGUGACGACGACCAAGCGCUUCGAGAUUUUUCCGAAUACGAGGAUCCUGUGACUGCCUUGACUGAGGAGUGUCGCAGAGUUCUUAAGGCGAUCUCUCUUGCGAACCAGUCUCAAGUGUCCAGCUCAAAGCAUUCCACAAGCCUUCGAGAUGCUUCGUGGUCACGAUUCGAGGAUAUUGGCUUUGGAGACACCUUGGAAGAGGAGGAAGAUGAAGACACUGUCAAGAUUACCCAACUUCGAAAUCCCCGUGGGCUACGAACAACGCCUGCAUCGGGUGGAGGUCUCGGAAGACCCACCACGCCCUCAUGGGCAGACUUCCUCUCGUCUGGCUUUAUUGAUGACGCGCCCAAUGGUCCCUCGAACCUCCUGCUGCCACCGGAUAAGAUUCUCCCACCCAUCGAGACAGCCGUUAGACAACGAAGCUCACAAUCGCAUCGUCCACGAUUAGAGAGUGAUCGCCACCUAGAACCUGGCGAAUUAGCUAGUAUCUCCCGAUUUGAUCUCGACGAAGCAUUCUGGUGGGUGUGGAUGAGCAGCUUAGCUCCCGAGGAGACCGCAGAACGUAAAUCUGCGUUUGGCAGAUGUGCUAUUAUCGAGACGCUAAUCCGACAAGGUCGAUGGCUUAUAAUGGAGGAGAUGGUGAAGGGCGCUGCUCCCGAGCCUGAUGCUGGAGCUUAUAUUGCAGAGAAGAAGGGCUUUUUUAGCUGGACGAGACGCGGCAGGGGUGUGUCUCGCAGUAAAUCGGUCGCUAAACCGAAUAGCAACAAGAAUGACCGUCUGAACACUGGCGCUGCUGCUACCAUUGGCUCCGGAAUAAGCAAGACUAGCAUCGGACCAGACCAACAAGCUAAGAUCCAAGCAGCUGCACAAAAGCUUCAGGCCAAACAGCUCCAAGAACAACAAAUGGGGCAUAAGGUAGAGCGGCGCGGUCGGACGGAUGCCGAGGUGUUGAGAGAGAAGACUAACAGUAUCCUCACACUACAGCCCGCUGUUGUCAAUGCAGCUUCGCCGGCUAUGAAGUGGGCAAACAAGUAUGACAAGGAUGCUAUUCGUGAAGCAUAUCUCGGCAACGCCUUUGCUGGUCGAGGCGUUUCCCAAACAUCAUUACCAGCACCCGACCUUUUUGGGUCGAGCGGGCUCACAGCAAAUGGUAGCAGCCUCAAGCGGGAAGCUUCAUUGCGUGCUCCCUCCCCAGCACCCGAGCCUGAGCAGAAGUCCCCACCGGCGCAGUCUCCCGCUUCUGCUUCCAGUCCGGCCCCAGUUCCAGAGAAAACCCUCAAGGCGCCGCAACAGAUUCAUCCCGCGGAACGAUUGGAGCCCACGGGCCGGGACUCACCCUUGCCUCCCCCCCCACGUGAGGAGGACAGCUUCGAAGUGGUCCGUGAAAAUAUGCUGUCCCCCGAGCCAACUAGCCCGGAUAACAAAAAGUCAAAGAAACUUCACAAGGACGAGAAGAAAACCGGGUCUAGCGGGUUCAGGAAGUUGUUUGGCCGAAACAAGCACAGGCACUCUAAGCUACCCGAGAAUGCUGCCGUUGAUGUGAACAACAUGUUGCAGGCAGAAUCGCCCCAAUCGGCAGCACGAGGCCCUUCUCCAGCGACAGUGCGAGAGGAGCCGCAGCACGCUUCACCAGGUUCCGACGCCGGCCUCGGGGCCCCCACUGAACGCUCAGAGGAUAGAACCCCGACGCAAACACCAGUGACACCCGCGCCUUCGAGACCGGCAUACGACCCCUCCGUCGACGACAAUCUGUCCCGCGUCGACACCGCAGAAGCCACCGAGGCUCACCAAGAAUUCUCACGCUUCGACCAGGGGCCACUUCUAGAACAGCCUGCCUAUAUCCCUGACGAGGAUCAGAGCGUAGACUCUGCCGCACCGCCACCAAUCGCCAGACAACGCAGCCGUCAGCCGCCUGUUGAUCCAGAGGAUGAUGAGGGUGCGCCGUCACCAAGCGUUCCCAUGCAGGAUAGGUGGGCGGCCAUUAGAAAGAAUGCGGCCGAACGCGCUUCGCGACAGAGUGAGGAACAGAGUCGGGGUGCCUAUAGCAAGACAACAGAUGGUGACGAUGAUACCAGUGGCGAAGAGACUAUCGAAUCCCGCGUAGCCCGGAUCAAGGCUCGCGUUGCCGAGUUGACGGGUAACAUGGAGGGCACUACUGGACCCGGAACUCCUCCUAGCCGCCGCUAGGGGCGGUGUUUUGAAUGACGUACUUGGCUACGAUAGAAGACGAAUAUCCUUAUUACGCACUCGCCCACAUGACGUCGUCCAGAGUUAUCUAGGGCUCAUUGGUCCCGUCGGGUCCAGAAGUAUUGGGGACAACAACUACCCAAUGCUCGUUAGUUUGCCUCGCUUUUGUGUCCAUUUUCUUUUCUUCUUUCCAUGAUACCACUAGAGCAUACCCGUCUCACGUUUC